UGUAUUUUGUCUAUUUCUAUCUUCGAGAUUUCUAUUUACUACUUUGCUAGCCAAAAGCCAAAUCUGCUCGGCCGACAGUUUUCUACAAAUUUGUUUUGAUUUGUAAAGUAAAGAACUUAACCGUGUCGAAAAAGUGAAAUAAUACGAUUUUUGAAAUUAUUUGAGUGAUUUUGUUUAAAGGCGGAAUCAAAGACUAUGAACAAAAAUGGACCUCCGCCACCUUAUGAACCACCUCCAUCUGCACCGCCUAGUUACGCUCAAUCCGUGGGCGUACCACCAGCCAGUCCUUUUACACCAGCAGAAGCAUAUGCCAAUGGGCCCACUAUAGUAACCACUAUAGUUCCUUUAGGUCCAGGUGCAACACACACAAUUUGUCCUCACUGCCAUGCCGAAAUCGACACAACACCCAGAACUGAACCAGGAAUGAUUGCCUACAUUUCCGGUGUUGUCAUCGCUUUACUUGGUUGCUGGUUCGGAUGUUGUUUAAUUCCCUGUUGCAUUGAUGAGUGCAUGGAUGUUCAUCACACAUGUCCGAAUUGUAAAGCAUACCUCGGACGUUAUCGAAGAUAAAACAAAAUGCAAGACAACUGACAUAUCUGCAUUUUCAAGAGGGACCUCGAGAAGUUGUGGAAAAAGUGCACUUUAUAAGUGUAUCCUCUUCCGUAUCUUGACACACCGUUCUCUAAACAAGCUAAUUAAACCCACAAACACCAGAAUAAUUUCUCAAAGUCAAAGUAAGGAACUAAAAGGAAAGAUAAUCUCUUUUUUCUAAUCAACUGGAAAAUAUGCACAUUACUUAUUUUCUCAUAUGUUAUUUUCGUUCUCUUAGUGCUUAGUGUGAUAGGUGGAAUUUAUAAACAUUUAAUGGGUGUUAGAUUCUCUGCUCUCUUAAAAAAUCACAUGUGGUUUCUAGUUUUUACUUAGGUACAAAAAUGGUACAAACUUAGGCAGGAAAAAUUGUAGAAAUUUACUCCACGAUUGUUAUCGAAUGUGUUUUUGUUGUAUUUAUUGAAUUUUGCACGCGAGCAUUUUUUGCUCUUCCCCAAACGACUUUCAAUGUUUCAAUGUGCAAUCUGUUUAGGAACUCGCGAACGAUAUAGGAUACGACUGAAUACCCCGUUUCUUGACGCAUCUUUAUGUUUCUAAUGGCGCAGUACUUCCAGCGGGUCCUUAAACUAUUUAUUCUUGAAAUCAUUUUAGAUUUCAAACUUUGAAUCAAGUUCUAUGAUCACAGUACAACAUUAUUGCAGCGAACUUUACCUGGAAGGAGUUAGAAAAAAUUGAGAUUUAAUAUUUUCGAUUUUAGAAUAUUCUCCUUCAGUUAAAAAUUCCCUGUAAUCUCGACCAAUCGAGCUUUUUAUUGUAAGCUCAUCGUUAUUGCGUUGUGCCAUCUGAAGCACUAAUUUUAUUUUCCUGAACUUGAGCGAGUUUGUCUUUUUACAUUUUAUAUUAAUACCGAUUUUUAAAGAUGACAAUUUAUAAAAAACAUUAAUCAAUGUUUCUGAGCACAAUUUUCAGUGUAGUACAAUAAUGUGCCUUAUAUGAAUUAAUAUUUAAGAUUACGCAAGAUUAGUAUAAAUACAAAAGAGAAAUUUGUAGUACAAUAUAAGCACAGCGUCAAACUUGAAGUUUUCGAUUAACAAUAGGUUGGUUAAAAAAAAAAA